AUGUGCGACUUUUCAUGUUACAAUGGAACCAGCGAGGAAUGGCUCGCCCUAGAGCGGACCUUUCUACCCCCGGCUCAUCCGGAGCCGAGUCUCGCUGAGAUGAAGAGACAGGCAAAUGAGGAACGAGAAGCCUUGUCGAGGAGAGCGAUGAAAGUUUUGGCACAUCAGGUCAAGACUUGCGACUAUGCUAUUCCAUCUCGGGAUGGGAGUACUAUCGAGGCUCGCAGCUACAGACCUGUCAACGUGCCAGAGGACACGGUGCUCCCACUGUACAUGCACCUACAAGGCGGCGGGUUCAUGUUUGGCACGCUAGACUCUGAGGAUGCGAUAUGCACACGGAUCGCUUGCGGCUCAGAGGUUGUUGUUCUGAAUGUGAACUAUAGGCACACGCCAGAAUUCACGCACCCGACACAAUGGAACGAUGCAGAGGAUGCAUUUGAGUGGGCGCACGAUAACAUGGACAAGCUAUGCUGCAAUCCGAACAAGGUGGUUCUCGGGGGGAUAUCAGCCGGCGCUUGGGUUGCUUCGUCAUUGACGCUGGACAGGCAUCUCAACAGGGAGAAGAAUCGUCGCCCGCCUCUUGCUGGACAGGUGUUGAUGAUUCCUUGUCUCGCACACCUCGACUGCUACGAACCGCAGCUGAAAAAGAUGAAGCACCAUUCUGUCUCAUCUUAUAAGGAAAAUGAGUGGGCCCCGUUGUUGUCUGUAUCCGAGCUACGAUAUUUUACCAGCUUUCUCAAGAUCGAGAACCCAGACGUCAAGGAUGUCAAGCUCAAUCCGGGGAAUGCGACACCAGCUCAGGUCAAGGGUAUGCCGCCAACAGUGCUCGGCAUAGUUGGAUUGGAUCCUUUGCGGGAUGAGGCGCUCCUGGUACCUACCGAUGUCAACUUGUUUAUCGGCUUGCCGCAUGGGUUCCGGUCGUACGAAGAAAAACUAUCGGCUUCAGCUCGCUGGGAUAGGGUGAUUGAAGAAGGAAUAUGCUGGGCUCUUUCAGGACCAUCACCCACCAACGAGUUUCACGUAAAGACGUGA